AUGGUGGGGCAACGCAAGAAAAAGAGACAGAACUCCACCAGUCAGAAGUCGCGACACGUGCUGGGCACCGAUCAAUACAUUGCCCCAGAGGCCUAUGAAGGCAAAUAUUCACCCGCUUCGGACAUUUUCGCGGUGGGUGUCAUCGCCUACAAGAUGCUGACAGGCUCCUUCCCUUACAAUGGCCGCUUGUUCGACGACAAGCCCGGGGAGAACUGGGUUGGUUCUCCAAAGAUGAAGGAAAUAAAACAAAAGCUCUGCGAUGCCAGGGUGAGCUGGAGCCACCCGGUCUUCGAGAAGGAACCAGGCGCUUCCCGCUUGGUCUCGCGGAUGUUGGCCGUCGAUGAAAGUGAACGACCCGAUGCACCGGAGACGUAG